CACAACUUGCAUGCGACGCCAUGACGACUAGUACUACCCCUGGCCUCCGGCUGGAUGCACUGCAUCCAGCCCUCCCUUUCCCCGCCUUCGUUCUUUUUCUUCCUGCUCUCAUCUGCCUGUCUGCAUCUCCCAGUCCAUGAACCAGCGAUCGUAGAAGUCCCGGUCGGUGCUGGAGCACUGCCGAUGUGCAUACCAAGCUUGAUGCCCAGGAAAAGAUGCUAGCUGAUGUGCCAUCGGUUUCACCAGGAUUUGUAGAUUGCCAGAUCUGAUCUGAUUCAGCGAGAAUUCUGAGCUACCAAAGCUGCUUCGACUCAAAGCUCUACCACUGCCCUAUCUUGCACUUUAAGAAGACUCGAUCGUCACGGAAAGAGCAGACAGAGGUAUCAAAUUCCAUGCUAGCUCCUCAUGUUCUUGAGCGCAAGAAAUGAGUCUUCCGAGUCGGAGGACAUCCAAGAACUGAUCAACAGUGGCCUCAAGUGCAACGCAUCCACGCCAGCCGACGACAUGGAGAGCGGCAGAGGCGGGGCACGAGCCGCCGGAAGCACGUCGUCGUCAUCGCCCCUGCCCAUGGUUCUGCCGUCCGAGCAGAAAGCACGGUACAGCACGGAGGAGGAUCCCAGUCGUUGCAGCUGCAGCGAUAGCUUCUUCGGCAAGUACUUUUCAUUCCUCCUGCUCAUGUUCGUCACCGCGUCGCUGGUGAUCCUCCCGCUCGUCCUGCCACCGCUGCCUCCGCCUCCGUCGAUGCUGAUGCUGGUGCCAGUGGCAAUGCUGGUGAUGCUCCUGGUGCUGGCGUUCAUGCCGACGUCAGGCGGCCGCAGUGCGACGGGCCCGACUGCCUACCUGUAGAUAACUAGUACGUCCUUUUCUUGUUUUUUCUUUUGGAUUUGGUGAUAGGGUAGUCAUGGAAUCAAGUUUAUGCCCAUCAGUUGAAGCCUAGAAGGUACCUGCUGCUUUUCCCCGUAUACUAAAUGAGUAUUUAUCA